UUUUUUUUUUUUUUUUCACCUUUCGGGAGAUUUGCAAACCGAAUUACAUGCAUGUCCAGUGGGGGAAGGUUUAAUUUUGACGAUGGAGGGUCGUACUGUGGAGGCUGGGAGGACGGAAAGGCUCAUGGCCAUGGAAUCUGUACCGGCCCGAAGGGUCAAGGUGAAUAUUCGGGCUCCUGGAGUCACGGCUUUGAGGUGCUGGGGGUCUACACUUGGCCCAGUGGCAACACUUACCAGGGCACCUGGGCGCAGGGCAAGCGCCAUGGCAUUGGCAUGGAGAGCAAAGGGAAGUGGGUGUACAAAGGAGAGUGGACCCAUGGAUUUAAGGGACGGUACGGGGUCCGGGAAUGCACUGGAAACGGGGCCAAGUACGAAGGCACCUGGAGCAAUGGAUUACAGGAUGGCUACGGGACAGAGACCUACUCGGAUGGAGGGACGUACCAGGGCCAGUGGGUCGGCGGGAUGCGCCAGGGUUACGGCGUGCGGCAGAGCGUUCCCUACGGCAUGGCAGCGGUCAUCAGGUCACCCCUGAGGACGUCCAUCAACUCCCUGCGCAGCGAGCACACCAACGGCACGGCGCUGCACCCCGAGGCCUCGCCCGCCGUGGCCGGCAGCCCGGCCGUGUCCCGCGGCGGCUUCGUGCUCAUGGCGCACAGCGACGCCGAGAUGCUCAAGAGCAAGAAGAAGGGGAUCUUCCGGCGCUCGCUGCUGAGCGGCCUGAAGCUCCGCAAGUCCGAGUCCAAGAGCUCCUUGGCCAGCCAGCGCAGCAAGCAGAGCUCGUUCCGCAGCGAGGCCGGCAUGAGCACGGUCAGCUCCACCGCCAGCGACAUCAACUCCACCAUCAGCCUGGGCGAGGGCGAGGCCGAGCUCUCGGUCAUCGAGGACGACAUCGACGCCACCACCACCGAGAUCUACGUGGGCGAGUGGAAGAACGACAAGCGCUCGGGCUCGGGCGUGAGCCAGCGCUCGGACGGGCUCAAGUACGAGGGCGAGUGGGCCAACAACAAGCGGCACGGCUACGGCUGCAUGACCUUCCCUGACGGCACCAAGGAGGAGGGCAAGUACAAGCAGAACAUCCUGGUCAGCGGCAAGAGGAAGAACCUGAUCCCGCUGCGCGCCAGCAAGAUCCGGGAGAAGGUGGAUCGGGCCGUGGAGGCGGCCGAGAGGGCGGCCACCAUCGCCAAGCAGAAGGCGGAGAUCGCGGCGUCCAGGACCUCUCACUCCCGGGCCAAGGCGGAGGCGGCCGUGACGGCGGCGCAGAAGGCGCAGGAGGAGGCGAGGAUCGCCAGGAUCACUGCCAAAGAGUUCUCACCUUCCUUCCAGCACAGGGAGAACGGGCUGGAAUGCCAGCGGCCCAAGCGGCAGAACUCGAGCGACGACAUCGAGGUGCUGUCCACGGGCACGCCGCUGCAGCAAGAGAGCCCCGAGCUGUACCGCAAAGGCACCACGCCGUCCGAGCUGAGCCCCGAGGACAGCCCGCUGGGGGGGGGGGGGGUCGGGCCGCCCUCCUGCCGCAACAAGAGCGCCCACUUCUCCCGGCAGCUGUCGGUGGACGAAGAGAGGGGCGGCGAGAUCCAGAUGUUGCUGGAGGGGCGCGGCGGGGAUUACCUGCGCCCCAACAGCUGGAGCGAGGAGAAGGGCGGCGGGAGCCGCGCCGGGAGGAUGCGCGGCGGGCAGGGGUCCGGCGCCGUGCCCGAAGAUUACAGAGCCCGCAGCGGGGCGCACAAACAUUCGGCCUCCAACCACAAGCCCAGAGAGAGGUGGACAGAUUCCCCAGCCGCGGUUUCAUGGACUUCCCACCACAGGUCUCACAACCACAGCUCAGGGAGCUCCAAGCUGCUUGAGCUGGAUGAGGAGAAGAUGAGUAAUUAUGAGAUGGAGAUGAAGCCCCUCAUGAGGAUGGAUUCUUAUAUGCAAGAGAUUCACACCCAAAAAAGACACUACAGCAAAGGGGGAGGCUGCAGGAGCGUGGCUGACGAGCACCGUGGGGAAGAGCGGGGCUUCGGGGUUCAGAGACUGAGGUCUAAGUCCCAGAACAAAGAGAAUUUCAGGCCAGCUUCCUCUGCCGAGCCCACGGUGCAGAAACUGGAAAACCUGAGAUUCGGGGACAAAGCUGAACCUCGGCUACUGAGGUGGGACUUAACCUUCUCCCCGCCACAGAAAUCUUUACCUGUUGCACUAGAAUCUGAAGAGGACAGUGGGGAUGCGCUCAAAUCCAGUACGGGUUCAGCUCCCAUCCUGGUAGUCAUGGUGAUCUUACUAAAUAUUGGAGUCGCCAUUUUGUUUAUUAACUUUUUCAUCUAAUUCAAGACUGUCUUGUUUGCAAAAAUAACAGUUACAUGUAUGAAUGGGGGAAAAAAACAAACAAAACAAAACAAAACAAAAAAAAAACCAGAACCAAACAACAACAACAAAAAAAAUCAAAGGGAAAAAUCAUAACUCGAACUGUCCUCUGACAAUUUCCAAGUCUUUUCACAGAAGAACAACAAAUGAUCGAGUCUCACUCACAGUUUGCCUUUUUUCCUGGGUAAUGUUUUUUGGAUUUUAGCCAAAAUUCUUUGCUUGUAUAACACUAUGCUGUGUGGCAUGGCAAAAUGCUAUCAACACUCUGCCCCCCCAACACUGGGAAGGAUGAGAAGGAAUCCCAACAAAAGAAAAAAAAAAACUCGUUUCCCUUCCCCUCACCCCACCCCUCAAAAAAAA